AGGAUGAAUCCAAAUGGAUUAAAUCGAUGCGUUAUCUGUGCAGUUUCCUGCUGGGUGUCCUGUUAGCCUAUUUGAUGUGGCUGCUUGUGUCAAACAACUGCAAUUUGAGCUUCCUUUAUGGAAAUGCUAUGGUGGAAGUGCCGGUCCUCACGAUAUUCCUGCUGCUCAACGGACUCGCCUUUGUCCUCAGUCGCAAUGUGCGUGCGGUGACAUUGCUGAUAUUUGUCUCGUUGGCGGACAAGGCUGGCAGGAGAUAUCUGCGGGCAGUCGCCUUUGGGUUUGUGAUUUCUGGCCCCAUUGACAAUCUGGUCACGAAUGCCGGCGAGGUGGCUCGUGUGUUUGCCUGCACCACAAUGCUCACCUACAAUCUGACCAAGACGCGACUCGAUCUGAUGGCAAAGCCUUUCACCAACACGUUGCAGCACAUGAAGGGUGACAUCGACGAGAUCCAAGACACCUUUAAGGAACUUCAAACUAUUCUAAAUGAUCUCAAGUAUGGCCUGGAGCAUGCGGACAGCGAAGACCAGAGUUUCGACCUCAGCAAAUACCGUCGAGCUGGCAAUACAACUGUCCAACCUUAUGGCAACAUUACCUUUAAUCCCAAGCUACCCAAUGCUGCAGAAGUUCAGGAGCAGUUUGUGCGCAAAAUCGGAAAUCGAUGUAAGCAUCAGCUGAACAGUGGUCAUCAAGUCUGUCAGGAGGUGUUUAGCCAAGGCUUUCGCAAGUGUGCUACCAAUUUUCCCAACUGGCUGGCCAACGCGAUAUGUUGGCCAUAUCGCAUCGAUAUUAUAUGCAAGGUCAACAUGUUCGGCAAUCCGGACAAGGUGUGCGAUGCCUCCAAGGUGGUGCAAUCAGACUUUGGUAAGACGUAUGUCGAUUUGCUGAAGACAGAACAGGAACUAUAUGGUAAUAGCUCCAAUAUCGAGAUUAGCUAUAAGCUGCAGAACACAUCGACAGCAGCGCAGUUGCGCAGUGCCCAAAGGACCUCAGAGGAGUUUAUGAAGGACUUUGAGCGCAGGAAAUUAAUGUUUAAAACUUUAAUGACAAUUAUCGACAAAUUAAUGUGCCUGUUCAUCUUUUAUGUGAUAUGGUCAGCCAUGAAAUACCAUUGGAAAUAUCGCAGUGAAGUGGACUUUGAUAACUUCUAUAUUACUGAGUACUUUAAGCACUUGGAUGAACGUCGCAAGAAAUCGAACCAGCGAUCAGUUCUGCCUUUGCGAAAGCUGGACAAAUCCAGGACUGUGGAUGAGGAUGAACUGUGUAGUCUUACUGUCGCCGAGUCGACCAUUGAGAUCUACCAUAUUGUGCAAUUGUCGCUUGAGAUAAUUACAACGGGAAUCUUCAUAAUCCUGGAUCAUAUGGUUGUGAAUCUGUUGCGCAUCAUCAAUCAUCGUUCUUUGAUCUCCUACCACCAGGAGGGUGAGCACGAGGUGCGCUUUCGAAUCAAUGGCACCGGUUUGAUGGCCCGUCUCUUGCGCACAACUAUGAAGAAUUUCAAUAUACACGAACGCGUCUCCACCUCUCUAAGCAAUGAGGAGUGUCUUCCUGUGGCUCACUCUCUGCCCCGCAGUUUCUAUCUAAAACUGAUACUGAUUUAUUUGAUCAUCAUAUUGCUGAUCUAUCAGACCACUUCCAUAUCGCGUCUGCGUCGUGUCAUCUGUAGCUACUUCUACUACAAGCGAGAGAAGACACGUAUUUGCUUUCUCUAUGGCUCAAUGCUGAGGAAUCACGCCUCCUACCUCAAUGACAUUCGCCAAACUGCCGAAGACAACAUGGCCAUCAGACAUAUGCAGGGUAACCUCAAUAUAUUCCUGAUCCUGCGUCUGUCCUACCCCAAGCACUUUGGCUGGCUGCAAAAGUUUAAGUGCGGAAAACGCAGUUGUCUUGUCUGCAGUGCUCUGGAGGACUCAAAGUUUAUCAUUUGUCCAAACUGCGCCUAUCCCUUUUGUCACGACUGCUGUGGAGAAAUGAACUGGAUCUGUAUUUUCUGUGAACAACAUAUGCCUCAUCAUAUGCAUCAUGUGGCUGCAGAAGAAAGCGAAGUUACUAGUGUGGAUCUAUAUGCAAAUGGCAAGAAAAAAUCCUAAUAAUAGAUAUUAAAAAUGCAAUUGUAUUUAUUGUGUUAAGAAUAAACGACAACUUAAGUUUAA